AUGGAUAUUGCACAAUCUUCAGAAACACCAAGAGAACGUCGAAAUCAUCUUGCUAGAAAAGCUUAUGCAUGUCAAAAAUUAUUAUUUAUAGCUAAACAAUUUGAGAAUCAAUGUGCUAGACAACGUGAAGCUUAUAAACUUU